AGUAGAAACUAUGGAUCGCCAAACAACAGCCGUUCGUGCAGAACAUCGAUUUGACAUUAAUAACUUGAAACGAUACCUGGUAGGAAAACUUGAGAACUUCUCAGAUUCUACAACACUAAAUGUUCAACAGUACAGAUCUGGUCAAUCCAACCCAACAUUUUACAUUGAAACUGCAGAUAAGAGUUAUGUAUUGAGAAAGAAACCUCCAGGGGAGCUGCUACCUGGAGCUCAUAAGGUCGACAGAGAAUAUAAUGUUCAAAGGGCUCUACAUUCGGUGGGUUUUCCAGUCCCUCAUCCACUGCUGUAUUGCACAGAUACCCGUGUCAUCGGUACAGAUUUCUACAUCAUGGAGCAUGUGCAGGGUCGGAUAUUCAGGGACCUGAGACUGCCAGGAGUCAGUACAGCAGAACGCUCGGCUCUGUAUGUGGCCGCAGUGGAGACGCUAGCCAAACUUCACUCUUUUGAUGUCAGGACGCUCGGGCUGCUGGGAUACGGAAAGGGGUCAGGUUAUUGUAAGAGACAGGUGUCCACAUGGACAAAGCAGUACAAAGCCUCGGCCCAUAAAGAGAUACCAGCCAUGGAUAAACUCUCUGAUUGGUUGAGUCACAACCUGCCAGCCGGUGACAAUGAAGUGACCCUUGUUCAUGGUGAUUUUCGAAUUGACAACCUGAUAUUUCACCCCACAGAGGCUCGUGUGAUGGCUGUCCUGGACUGGGAGUUGUCCACUACUGGACAACCAAUAGCAGACCUGGCCUACUUUCUAAUGCCACAUUAUUGGCCCAGUCACUACAAAGUCAUCAGCACAAUGGGCGGAGUCACAGGAACAGAUGGAAUACCCUCUCCAGACGACCUGAUCUCUAUUUACUGCCACUGUCGAGGGAUCCCAAAGUCUCUUCCUCAAAAAAACUUCUUUAUCGCCAUGGCCAUUUUCAAAAUGGCUGCGAUUGCACAGGGGAUCUAUGCGAGGCAUUUGUUGGGCAAUGCCAGUUCUGCAAACGCAGCAGAGUUUGGAGAAAGCGUUGAGCCGUUAGCUGAGCUGGGACGGCAGAUCGCCCAGAGCCGAACGUUGACCGUGCCAUCCCCUGAUCAGCUGUUCCUACAGACCCCCAAUGGUCAGACGGUGCUUCACCGCAUCAAAGAGUUCAUGAGAAAGCACGUACUUCCUGCCCAACAGGAGGUUCAGACAUAUUACGCUUAUCACAAAGACACCCCUGAGAGAUGGCAGACACCUCCUGUGAUAGAGAACCUGAAGGCAAAGGCUCGAGCCGCAGGCCUGUGGAAUCUCUUUCUUCCUGCAGAAAGUGGCCUCUCUCAGCUGGACUAUGCACACAUUGCAGAGGAAACCGGACGCUGCUUUUACGCCCCCGAAGUCUUCAACUGCCAGGCCCCAGAUACUGGGAACAUGGAGGUGCUGCAUCUGUUUGGCACAGAAGAACAGAAGAAACUCUGGCUCGAGCCUUUACUGAAAGGAGAAAUACGCUCCUGUUUCUGUAUGACAGAGCCUGAUGUUGCCUCGAGUGAUGCCACAAACAUGGAAUGCACCCUCAUGAGAGAUGACGACCAUUAUAUCAUCAACGGCAAAAAGUGGUGGAGCAGCGGUGCUGGUAACCCAAAGUGUGAGAUUGCCAUAGUCAUGUGCAAGAGCAAGACAAAGGAUUCAAAAAGUAACAGGCACGGGCUGCACAGCAUGAUCCUCGUUCCUAUGAACACUGCAGGAGUGAAGAAGAUCAGACCGCUCACUGUUUUCGGACAGGAAGAUGCGAUCCAUGGGGGCCACUUUGAAGUUCACUUUGAUGACGUGCACGUUCCUACGUCUAAUAUUAUUCUUGGUGAGGGGCGGGGUUUUGAGAUCGCUCAGGGACGGCUGGGCCCAGGUAGACUUCAUCACUGUAUGAGGGCAGUGGGGCUGGCAGAGUGGGCACUGGAGUUACUGUGCCAGCGAGCAGCCCAUAGACACACCUUUGGAAAGAAACUGUAUCAACAUGAAGUUGUAGCUCAUUGGAUAGGCGAGUGUCGAAUCACAAUCGCACAAACACGUCUUCUUACGCUACAUGCCGCUCACACGCUGGACACACAAGGCAACAAGGCUGCAAGAAAACAGAUUGCCAUGAUUAAGGUGGCAGCUGGCAGGAUGGCUUGUAAAGUUGUGGACUGCGCCAUUCAGGUUUUCGGGGGUGCGGGAGUGUCUGAUGACUUUCCUCUUGCCCAAAUGUAUGCCUAUGCUCGAACCUUACGCAUCGCUGAUGGCCCCGAUGAGGUUCAUUUGUCAUCAAUUGCUCUCCUGGAGCUUAGAGACCAACAGAGGAGAGCUCAUUCUAAACUGUGAUUCGUCUCAAAUCAUACAACCUCUACAACUAUUCACUCAGAGAAAUAACAGAAGCAAUGAAUCAUGGCAUAAAUAGAAAAUAAUCUUUAGUAACAAAAAAUUGCAUUAUGGGAAAUCAUACUUAUUUAGGGAUGCAAACUGCUCAACUUUAAGCUAAAUUCCUUUUUUGAAGCUGUUUGUUUGUUAAAAUGUUCCGCCAAGCAGGUAUUUUAGGGUUAGAAGCUUUUAAAAGCAUAAACAUUUACAAAAGCUAAAAUACACCAAAAGGACUCAAAAUCUGGGGUAUGAAAAUCUUUCAUGAUUUACUCACCUGAACAACAGCGGUAAACAUUCACUUAUAUAUACUGUAGACACAAAACCAAUGCAAGUCAUACAGGUUUGAAUAGACAAGUGGAGUAGUAACCGUUUUCAAAUUUUCAGACUCAUUCGAUCACUUUGUUUCUUUGAUUAUUACAAAAAUGUUUAAAGCAUUUUGAAAGUUGAAAAACUUGAACUGUGCCUUUACUGUGUAAUAGAUGAUAUAUUGCAUACAAAGCAAAAUAUGCAUGUUAUGUAUUUUAACGUGCAUAAAAUGAUUUGUGUAAUGUUUGGUUUUUGAUCAAUUUUGAUUCUGUAUUGAACUCUGUAAAAUGUUCUCUUCUGCGUUCCCACCGAUAAGGAGUUUAGUACAGUCAUGUAAUUUAACUGUAAAAUAUAACUGAUCUGUUAA